AUGGCAGAGUGUUAUACGGGGCACACCUCGGACGCACCCAGUCGGAGGUCUCGAUCAUCACUGGCAAGCUCGUCGAGCCCGAGCAGUGAGGAUGGCUUCACCUUUGUCAAGCGGCCGAAGACAGCAGCCCAGCAGCCUACCUCACACUCCUGGGUCCACGUCGCCGCCAAACCCGCGAAGUCGACUACCACGCGCACAAGGAAACGAAGACCAGAUGUGAAUACAUUCAAAGUCGUUGAUCUGAACGGCAUGCUAUGGGAUGGGAAUGACGGCGAGGAGUCUGUGGAUUAUCGUUCUUCGGUGUCCGGGUUAUUUGCAAUGACACCAGUGGAUGACUGA